AUAUACAUAUAUCUUUCUCCCUCUCAACACACGAGCUUAACGAAAAUGAAUACUCUGAAUGAAGCAUACAAAGCACACCCUAUUACCCUGGGUGAUAUCAUCCCCAUAGACUUUUCUUCUUCCCCGAGUUUACCCGAUUCUCACUCAUGGUCUGAACCCGUUCAUGAUGAUGAUGAUGAUUUCUCUGCAACAUCAUCCAUACCCAUCAUAGACCUGAAGGAUCCGAAUGCCCAGAAACUGAUAGCCCUUGCAUGCGAGAACUGGGGUGCCUUCCAUCUGAAGAACCAUGGCAUACCCUUAGAUGUCACCGAAGAGGCCGAACAAGAACUCCAACGCCUCUUCUCUCUCCCUGCUGAACAAAAGAUGAAGGCUCUCAGAUCCCCCGAUAGUGCCUCUGGUUAUGGCAACGCAAGGAUCUCACCUUUCUUCUCCAAGGCCAUGUGGUACGAGGGAUUCACCAUCAUCGGUGGUUCCUCCUCUCACGAUGCCAAAAAGAUAUGGCCCCAUGAUUAUCAAACAUUCUGUGACAGAAUGGAGAAGUACGAGAAGCAAAUGAGGAGCAUAGCGGAUAGACUAACAGAUAUGAUGAUGGAGGUGUUGGGGAUUUCGGAGGAGAAAAGGAAGUGGGUCGGUGCGAGCGACGUGAGUACGGCUCUGCAGUUGAAUUUCUACCCAUGUUGUCCCGAACCGAACCGGGCCAUGGGUUUGGCUCCUCACACCGACACUUCAAUCUUCACCAUUCUUCACGCCAAAUCAAGCGGUCUUCAGAUCUUCAAGGAGGGAAAGUGGAUCCAUGUGCACCCUCACCCCAACGCUCUCAUUGUUCACACCGGCGAUUUCACGCGCAUCAUGUCCAAUGCACGCUUCUGCAGCCCUCUUCAUCGCGUGGUGCCGAAUCAGGACACUGAACGUUACUCCAUGGCUUAUUUCUACUCUCCGCCCACCGAUUAUGUUAUCUCUCCGUCGGAUCUUAACUCUGUUGCUCGUUUUCGUGAUGUGACUGUGAAGGAGUAUAUUGGGAUAAAGUCUCAGAAAUUUGCUGACUCCCUUUCUUUCAUCAGCACUUGAAUCGUUUUGUACCUGCAUGUUGUUGUUGUUGUAGCUUUUUAGUAAGACUAAUAAGUUUGGUGAUACCAACAUCGGUUGUGACUUACUGUGGAAUUUCAAAAUAAAUACAAAUUGUUGUUCCAAUGGUUGAC